AAGUACAAAAAAUUUAAGAAAAAUGUAUUUGUUUUCAUACGUGUUUUUGCUGUUUCACAGUUCAAAGCACUUAUUCAUUGUGUUUUUUAUAGUGUAAGAUGCAUCUGAUCAUUCUUUAUGGAAAUACAGCUGGAAAUAACAGUAAACAUGAAGAAAUUUGUCCUUAAUGUUCUUAGAUGCAUGCAGUUUUGAAAUGUAUAUUAAGUUGUUCCCCCCUAGUUAAAAAUUCAUUGGAAAGAAUCACAUUGUGUCAUUUUUGGCUAUCUUGCUACAAUAAAUUAAAUAAUGCUACACAUUUAGUGUUUUUAUAUUUUUUCAGACGGUUUUGCACAAUUAAUUUGCUAACGUGUAAACAGAUUAAAUAUUGUUUAUUUAUCCUUAGUUCAGCAAAAAAGUAGAAAAUGAAAUGUUUUGUUCUUGUGCAGUAUUUCUCUCUGCAGACUCUGACCUGACUGAAAAGCAUGACGCGAGCUGUGAAGCUUUUCUUCCUGUUCUGUCUCCUCCAAGGGGUCUGGUGCCAGCAGUGGGCGGUGGUCAUGCCCGAGACGGUGGAGGGCCUCGGCGGCUCCUGCGUGGUCGUCCCCUGCAGCUUCAGCAUCCCCCCCGAGUGGGAGGACGACCUGGACCAGUCGUGUAAAGCCAUCUGGAAAAGGGGGAGCUGGAGCCGCACGCAGGUGUUCGAUUCCAGCCUGACCGGAGCGAGCGCGAACCUGAAUAUCCUGCAGGGAGAGCUGAUCGGCAGCCUGCGGCAGAAGGACUGCUCCACCGUCUUCAACAACCUGCCGUCCAACCACUACGAUAACUACUACUUCAGACUGCAGUGUGACAACUCCCUCAAGUUCAAUUUUCAGAAAAGUGUCCAGAUCACCACUCAGAACUCGCUUCCCAGACCGACUGUAACUCCGUCCAGGCUGGAGGUAGAAGAAGGAGCGCAGGUGACGGUGACCUGCUCGGCCGUGACUCCCUGUCCCGCCCUCCCUCCGGUUCUUAUCUGGAACCCCAGUUUGGGCGUUACUGAGGAAACUAAUGGAGCAAAAACUGUGACCUCUGUCCUGAACUUCACCGCUUCAUCCCUCCACGACGGACAGAAGCUCUCCUGCAGCGCCCUGUACACCCGGCAGGCCGGCAACACUCAGCUCCUGUAUGAAAGAGCUCUGACUCUGCAGGUCUUCUAUCCUCCAGAUAACACGUCAGUCAGUCACUCUGGGCCGGUGACAGAGGGCAGCUCGGUGACCCUGAGCUGUAGCGCUGAGGCAAACCCUGCAGUGGACAGCUACAGCUGGUACAACCCGGAUGGAGAGCAGGUGGGAACUAAGAAGAAGCUUUCGAUCACAGUUUCAGAAGCGGACAGCCAGUUUUACUGCAAAGCCAGCAACAAAUAUGGCGCCCAGAACUCCUCCAUCACUCAGAUAGAAGUGCAGUUCCCUCCAAAGGAAACUACCGUCGUCCUGGACCACGCUGGUCCAGUUGUGGAGGGCAGCUCAGUUUCUCUGCUCUGCAGGAGCCGAUCCAACCCGCCGGUCACCAACUACACCUGGUUCAGAGGCGAGGAGGAGGACAAAGAGCCCGGAUCGGUCCUGGUUCUGACCGGUGUUGACGCCAGCCACAGUGGAGACUACCGCUGCACGGCCAAAAACCAGCUGGGAGAGGAAACGUCAGCGCCGGUUCGUCUGGACGUCCAGUAUCCUCCUAAAAACACCGCAGUGUCUGCAGCGCCCUCCGGUCCAGUGGAGGACGGCCACUCUCUGACCCUGACCUGCUCAAACUCCGCCAAUCCGGCGGCGGACAGUUUCACCUGGUUCCGGGUGGCGGGCCAUGAGAAGGAGGCGGUGGGCUCUGAGCGAGACUUCACCUUCAACGUGAGCAGACUGUCAGAGGACGGGUUUUACUGCGAAGCCCUGAACGUCCAUGGGGCUGAAGUCUCCCAGACCGUCAGCGUUGAUGUUAUAUUCGCUCCGGAGAUCCUGCCUUCCUCCCGCUGUGUCAGGAUUUUAUCCCAGAUCCGCUGCUCCUGCGACAGCCACGCAAACCCGCCUCCCUCUUUAGAGUGGGAACUGGCCGGAGAAGCCGUCAAUCACUCUGCCGACAUCCCGAUCAAGCAGGUGUCUCUGGGCGGCGCCGCCCUGAGGAGCCUGAUCACCCUGUACCGCGUGGACGAAGACGCGCCCUCGCUGGUCUGCCUCAGCUCCAACGCUCUGGGCUCCGACAGCCUGGCCUUCAACGUGUCGGCCAGCGAGACUCAGCUCGGCAUCCAUACCUUUUCCCUGCUGGUGGGCUCUGCGGUGGGGGCAGUGGGGAUGCUGGUGGUGUGCGUCCCCCUGCUCAUAUUCUUUUGCAGGAAAAAGAGAGGCAGCUUCUCACCUGACAAAGGAGUGGCGGACCCUUCAGGAUUAGUAGCUGCCAACGAGAUCAGCUCUUCACUGGUUUAUACCGAUAAAGCCAUUGUGGUGGAGACGGGUGCAUAA